UAUAAGAGCAGGUUGUUCUAGCGUUCCUGUCUAUUGGUUUGGGGGAAGCAGGAAUAGAAAAUGUAGCAUUUGGGUAGAAUAAAAAUGUGAAAACAAGACUUAAGCUUUGAUUCGCUAACCGAGACUAAAGCUUGCGGGAGUUCAAAGUAACAGAGUAAGCAGCACAGCCACAACAACAUUGUUUCAAUUUGCCCGCCAAUCGCCUACGAGGCUGAUUAAUAAGGGAUGCGGAUCAGUGAUUCUAAGUAAAAUAAGUGUUAGCAACAUACAGAAUGUUUCUGUUCCGAUUUCGAUACCAAACAGUGUUUUCUUAGCAAGCGCAACGAAAAAUUACAUUUUAAAGAAAUGGAUGUGGGAAAAUGCUUCGCCCAGUUCCUUUUUGCGGGAAAACUGUCGCGGGAAUACGGUGGGGCGUUUGAUGUUAAUAUAAAAGCGCCAAGCAAGGAAGACUUUCUGUAUGUCUUGGAGCUGUGGUUUGAUGUAUUGUGCACUAAAGACAGUAUUGAUGACGUGAAAAAAUGCAUGGAAACUUCAAUAGAUGUUUUCUUCGAAUGGAAAAUAGAAAUUUUAAAAGCAACAUCAAAGAUUUUUUUGAAGUAUGACUUAUCAUUUGAGGCAUUGGAGCUCUUCAAAAUUAUUGUUGAAUGUACACCAUCAAGUGAUAAUGAAUUUCUUGAUUUGCAAGAGGAUUACGAGCAGAUUAUCAACACUUGUAUUCCUCGGUGGCAUUACAGAAUGCUAAAUGAUGCCAAAAGAAAUGCAUCUUAUUUCGAAGCAUUGAGAAAAUCUAUCACGACGAAAGGCUGUAAUGAUGUACUAGAUAUUGGGGCUGGCUCUGGUAUCUUGAGCCUAUUUGCUGCCUCUUGUGGCUCAAAAAGUGUACUAGCCUUUGAGGUUUCCCCAUUCCUGUUUCAAAUUGCAAGUGAUGUUAUAUCAGCCAGUCCAUUCUAUGACCGGAUUAUGUUGUUAAACAAAAUGUCAACUGACCACACUUUCAGUGCAGAUGUGAAAAGGCCUGACCUUGCUGUAAUGGAAAUUUUUGAUGCUGGUUUAUUUGGAGAGGGUGUUAUUCCGACAUUGAAGCAUGCAUUGACAGAACUGCUGGCUGUACCAUCAAACAAGCAGAAAACAGAGUCAACUAACCCAAUAGUGAUUCCUAAAAGUGCAAAAGUUUUUGCAACACUUAUUGAAAGUUCAGAGAUAAGAAAACAUUCCAGAUCUGAGAAAUCAAUUCUUGGUAUAAAACUGAGUUCAGUUACACUGCUAGGAAGAAGAGAUCCCGAAGAUGCAACAGAACAACCUUAUACAACUGAAAAUUUGAAAUAUUUAAAAAAUGGAUACAGAUGUUUAAGCAAGCCAAUAGAGUUGUUGGAAAUCAAUUUUAGCAAUCUAGAAGAAAUCACCAAACUUACAGAGUAUGUUCGCAUAAUAAACAUCCCGGUUAUCGAUAACGGUACUUUAGAUGCUGUUGCAGUCUGGUUCGAGUUGCAUCUUGAUGACGAAAUCAGCAUAAGUUCAUCACCGAGCGAAGAGUCUUGUUGGGAGCAGGCGAUUUUCAACAUCCAUCAUGAGAAUAAUUUUGAAAUGAAGGACUACAAUAUCCUGAGUGGUUCAUCCAUUGAGGUGAUGUGCUGUUGUAGUGAUCAAUAUUUGCAAAUUAUCACCAGGAAAAUCCACGGUCCUUGUUGCAGCAAGAAGCAGAGUGUGCCUUUGUUGAUAAAGUACACCGAUGCAUUUCCUAGAAUGACGUUGACUGAACUUUCAGGAAAUCAUGCCUAUUUCCCUGCGGAUAACCAUAGUGAAAUGUUUCUUACUGAAGAAAGUAGAAAUGGCGGGGAGACAAAUGUGCCAAAUUCACCGCUAACAAGACCGUGUACUGAAGGAUUUCAGCAUUUAAGUAGAAACGGUAAAACUGAAAAUAACAGAGCAAAACUUGACACUUCAGCUACCAAUUUCAAUACAAAUUCAAAACUAUGUCAUCAGACAAUUACUAACUGCACUUGUGAAAUUUUGCAAGUGUCGCAUUUCCAAGAAAGCGCGAUUCUACAUGAUACUGACAGGUUAAUGGCACGUAUUCCAGUGAACAGGAGGAGGGUAUCCAGGAUAAACGAUUUAAACUAUUGCCAGACCUAUCGAAAUGCUAUAUCUGAUGCAAUCAGUAAUAAGAUCAAUGAACUUGAUACCACUGUAAAUGUGUUAUUUUUAUUUGAGGACGUGUCUUUGUUGCCGCUCUUUGUACCAAAAUCAGAGAAAAUACAGUUAGAUGUGGUCGUUUCGAAUCAAGAAGCGGAAGUAUUUUUGGUAAAAAUAGCAGAAGAGAAUGGUAUGCAGCUAGAUCGGAUGAGGUUUUUGAGAUCAUCUUUACCAGAAGUUGUCAUGGAUGGCAAGAAAUAUGACAUCAUUGUCACUGAGAUAAUCGAGGAAAGUGGGCUCAUCUACCAACGCUACUUCGACGACAUUAUCAUGGCAAGAAUAUUUCUUCUAAAGACGAACGGUGUAUUAAUUCCAGAAGGGCUCCAUGUGCACGGCUGUCUAGUGCAUUCAUCGGCCAUUGACAAUGACAAUUUUCUAAGUAGCACAGACGUGACAAUAGGAUUCGAUAUUGGAAAGCAUAUGGAAGAAUACCAGGUUUCGACACAUCCAGAUGUAAAUAUGACAGAUCUAGUUCACAAGAGACUAACAGAUGAAUUCGACAUGUUUUUUGUUGAUCUGACGUCAGGAAAAACUGAUGACGAAGUAAAUCUCCUCAAGGCCCCGCUAAAAGCUGAAACGAAGGUGACAGCAGUGGCCAAUGGAUGUCUUUCUGCAGCUGCUUACUGGUUUACGAUCUGUCUUUAUAAGGAACAUUCAUUAUCAACAAAGCCGUGUUCAGAGACCCAUUGGCACCAAUCAUUUGCAAUCGUGAAAGAUAAGAAACCGAUUAAAAUUGGAAAUGAAAUUACAUUCCAGAUUCUAAUGAAUAGAGGUAACAUCCACAUGAAUAACCUAAAGAUAGAAUAAUAAAAAUGGUUAUUAUUUGUUUUCUCCAUCGAGUCCUUUUCAAGACAUUUCAUUCCACUUUGGUGAGUCUUCUCAGAGUAAGAAUUUGUGAAAGCUAUUUGCUGUUGAUAAUCGAGUAAUCUUCUCACUGAUGUAUAAGACAUGUUGUACAAAAUUGAUUUUCAA